AUGGAUUUACGAGAAUUUCCUUUGGAAGUUUUGGUUGAUGUUUUAAAAUAUUUAUCACCGAUAAAUUUAUUUUUUAUAUCAUACACAUGUCAAUUUUUUUAUAAAUUGUUGUUAAAUGAACAAGAAAUAUGGAAAUUUUCUAGAAAAAACCAUAUGGUGUGUAGAAAAUUAAAUCCACCUUUAAAUAUGAAGGAAAGAGAUUAUUUAAAACUUUUAUUAGGCUAUAGAUGUUAUAAUAGAUGUUAUGAGAGAAAUACAAUGAUAUAUUGGGAAGUAAAUAUUAGAUUAUGCAGUUAUUGUUAUACAAAUUCUACAUGUACAAGAGAUGAAAUGUGUAAAAGAUUUACCGAGAAAUUAUGGUUAAAAGAAAUAGGAAUUAAUAAAAGUGAAUUGCCAUUUUAUGAUAAUGAUUUUCCUUAUCCAUGGAAUUUAAUACCAUUUCAUUAUUUGGGUGGUAAUAGAUAUUUUAAAGCACAGAUUUUGGUUGUAAAACAAAUUUUAUCAAGAGAAUUAAAAACCAAAAAGGAAAGAAUUGAAUGGAUUGAAGAAAAUUCUGGUGAAAAAAUUCGUAAACAACAAGAAGAAAUAAUUAAUCGUCAAAGAGAAGAUUUUGAAUAUUUAAAAUUUAUUAAUAAAAAAAUAUUCAAUUAUUAA